AUGUUCUCCCUCGGGCAAGGCGCUCCCUUCCAGUUGAGCGCUGGGUCUGUUAAAGGAAGUGCGGAUCCCGAUGCUCGAGGGUACGGAUGCCUGGAGGAAGCGAGCGUCAAGGGACUGCAGAGCAACUUCACUGGCCUCAGGAAGAUUGAGCCAGGAGCGCCGCCCAAGGACUGCAUCAAAUGGAUGACGGAGUUGGAGAUGGGAGAGAAAGGGCUGUGGAAGGUCUCGGAGGCAUGCAGGGCAGCGAAGCUGCUGAACUCAGAGACUCUGAAGACAGAGAAGGACAACCAGGCGCGGAUGGCGGAGCUUCGCAACAAAGUCCAGACAUGUCAAGGAAGGAUGAAGCAGCUGGAGGCAAGGCUGGAGCAGAUUGAGCAUCGCGAGAAAGCGAUCGAAGAGGCGAGCGACAAGGCCGUUCGCAUCUGCGAUGCCCUUGCAGCGGUGGAGAUCGGCAAAGGGAGGGACGGCCUGUCAUUGAGGGAGCGAGCUUCGAACGCUCGCCUGCAAUCUCUCAAGAAGAUCUCCAAGGCUGCCAAGGAGUAUUUUGAGGGGCACGUUCACCAUUGGAUUCAUGAGAAUCGGAUUCCUCUGGAGAUACACGAAGAACAAUAUGAGCACGUCUUGAGCACUGUACGGUUUGUUACCGGCCAUAUCGCAAAGGAUGAGCCGCUGUUUCUUAACCACCAGGAGCGCAUGCGUGACUCUACGAUCGUCUUCCACAGCGUUCCCAAAGAACUCUCGGGGCUGCUUUACAUCCUCAAGCCCUAUGAGGGCCCACAUGCUUUCUGUCAGUCUUCCCUGCACCUCGGGGCUCCUGCCUAUUUGUAUAUCUUGAUAGAGUCUUGCCCAGUGGCGCCACAGUGGCUGUCUCAAGGAUUCCGCAAGCUGGACGGGAUGCUACUUGAGGGUCUCAACGCCAAGACCUCCUCUGUCAUCUCCUUCCAGAUCUAUAAGAGCAACUCGCCCAUGUCAGGUCAAAUCUUGCUCGGCGAGAACUCGUAUGGCAAGUCGACGACAACCGAGAGGUUCAUAGUUGCGCUUUCCUUUCCUCUUGCUGGGGUUGGUCAACCAAGCGCGCCUCAACACACCGACUACAACCAGGAGAAAGCAGCAGCUGCCGCCAAACCUGUUGAAAGCUUGCUGUCUUCUCAGUCCGAAGACUCGUCAGACAUGGCUGAGAACUGCCUCCCGAAGUCAGAUGCUGAGCUGAUGGUGGAGUCAUGGUACUCGUCGGAACUUGCCGAGAAGGAAUAUGGUCGUUUCCGUCAGAGGCACGACAUCGAGCUGAUUGAGAAAGCAAGCUCCAAUCUCUUCAGCCUGAGUCGCCCUUCGUAUCUGCGAAGAACAGGCCGGCACACAUCAGAAGACGACAGUUCAGGAGAGGACGAGAUGUUCAUGACUGGCGUAUACAUCCGAAGGUUCAUCGCAGCUGCAACAUUCAUCCAAAUCUACGAAGACCUCAACAGGGACGAGUGUUCAUUGGCGAAAGUCCCUGCCAUUUCUCUUGCGAACGAUUUGAAAGAGAUGACGGAAAACUUUCAGCAGAGAGCGGCAGACAUAGCAAAGGAGCAGGAAGUGACCUUGGACAAGAUCUUUGCAGAGUUUUGCCCUCAGUUUCUAUCAUCGAGGAAUGAGUGA